UCGUAAGAGCGAUUCAGAGAAAACGAACGUACGCACGAAAUCCAUGCGUACGCCAGUCAUUCGGUUAUAAAUCACAAAUGAUCGUGGAAUUGUGUGCAGCUGAAUGUUCCGCCGUCGAAACGCCCCUGCUUAAUUAAUUAACAUAUAAAAUGAGCUCAUUCCUAAAGCAAAAACUCUGUGACAAUGGCAAGUAAAAAGAAGCGCAAGAAAUCAAAUUAUAGUGAGGCUGAAAUUGACGUUUUGUUGAUGGAGCUACAGAUGCGGGGAAAGGUGUUAUUUGGAAGUUUGUCUGGUGGCGGGGGAAAACAAAGGACCCUGCCAGAGGUGAAGAAAAAAUGGGCUGAUUUGAAAUUGCAAUCAAAGAAACGCAUCGCGGCGCAUAUGGCCAAAGUGAGGCUUACUGGAGGUGGUGGACCCACAUGCAAACUGAGUCCGGAGGAUGAGAGAAUAUGCGCAAUCAUUGGAGAGGGGGCCGUAAAGGGAAUAUAUGAGGAGGGCGACACCGACCUUUUGUCUGCAGAAGGUUCAGAAGACGAAGGGUCUUUACAGAGACGAGCUGGACAUUGCAGUCGGACUGCCUCCCUAACAGCAGCUGCACCUGCAAUAUCCGCACCAGAGGCCGCAUCUUCAUCACACUCAAGACCUCUGCGACCACCAGCCGCUUCAUCCCCAUCCCAUCGUGCGCGUCUCCGACCCUCAACUUCCUCUUCCACCCGUGGUAGUGUUUUAUCUGAGGCAGUCCUACAGACACAAAGGGAUUUAAACCAGUCUGUUAGUGAGGUGGUUACCGAGCUUCGGCAAGUCCGGCAUGCUCUGGUUGAAAUGAAUCAAACUUUGUCCGCAAUUGCGGGUACUUGGAACAAAUUGCUUAAAUAAAAACCUAAAAUGUGAA